AUGAAAAAUUUAGGUGGAGCCAUGUGGGAAGAACUUCUCUACAAUGAAAUGCGAGAGUCGGAGAGGAAGUGCCUCCAUGAUAUGAUGUUAAACGACAUAUGGGGGGAUGGAGAAUCAAGCCAAGAUGAUCUAUGCAACAGGAGAGAAGUGAACCCAAACGACUUUAUCUUUACAAAUACACACAGUAACAUUUUUGAGCAUUAUUCAGACCAUGAGACGUAUAACGAGGUCAUAGAUUUGCUGAGGAGGACAGAUAUAGUAGACAAUGUGGAGAGUAAGCUUGAGGGGAAUCCCAACUUCGUUAGCGGCGUGCAGGAAGUGGACAUAAAGAACUUCAUGAAUUUCGACCCUGUGUUUGUUAAGGUGUACCAUGAGAGGGAGGCAGCGCAGGGGGGAGACACUGCACGUGGUGCCGCGGCAGAGGAGGGGGGAGAAGAAGAAGCAGGAGAGGAAGCAGAAGAAGCAGAGGAGGAAGCAGAGGAGGAAGCAGAGGAGGAAGCAGAGGAGGACGCAGAAGAAGAAGGCGACAGAGGGACCUGCCCUGUGGAGGGAGUAGAGCAGAGGAAGGCCGGGAAGGAGAAGAACACCCGGGAGAGCGCCGACUUCAGCGACGACGAUAUUUACACCCCCAAGUCGCUGAAGAGGAAAAGGGAGGAGGGGGAGAAAGCGAAACAGAAAAAUCAAAGCCAGGCAGGUCACCAAAAUGAAAGCGGCAACCAGAGCGGCAAUCAAAGGGGUCUCCGGAACGGUCUCCGAAAUGGCCUCCGAAAUGGCCCCCGAAGCGGUCUCCGAAAUGGCCUCCGAAAUGGUCUCCGAAACGACUCCCCGGGGGACGCCAGCGAGGAAAGCUCCAACGUUUCGGUAAGAAAAAUCAAGCAUAAGAGGAAAAACCACAUGUCUGACGGAAGCAGUGGUGACAGCUCCUCCCCAUCGGUGAGGAAAAGCACACGCAAGGGGAAGAAAAGCGGAAUGGCUAGCACGGACAGGGAGAAGCAAACAGAUGAGUCCUACUCCCCCAUAAAAACAAAACAUAAGGAAGCCUUCUCCAAUGCAUUCGAUAUACUAAUCAAACGAAAAAACGAAAAGAACGAAGAAGCCAUUAAAGCAUUCAACGAUAUCAAUUUAAAAAAAAAAAGAAAUAGAAACCUCUCAAAAAGUGCAGAAAGUUUUAGUAAUGAAGAAUCCUACACAAAUGAUUAUCGACUAGGAACUCGAUUGGAUCGAACGAAUGACAAAAAGGAUGAAAGGAGGAAGAGUCAGAAAAAAAAUAUGGAUGACUCGAAAGAUGGAUGUGAAGAUAUCCCAGAUAAGUAUCAACAUUUGAUAGACCAAGGAUUAGAAGUAAAUAUUUUACGCUACGCCUUAAGCAUGAAAAUGAGUUCAAAUGAACACGUAAAAGAAUCGGACAUCAUCGGACUCUAUGACAUUAAAAAAAUUAUUAAAGAUAAAAUCGUUAACGUUAUUUUGAGACCAGAUUUAUUUACAGGGUUGAAUAGAGCUGCAAAAGGGAUACUACUCUUCGGUCCUCCAGGCACAGGCAAAACGAUGAUUGCCAACAAAUAUAUUGGAGAGACGGAAAAAAUCGUAACUUGCUUAUUCAAAUGUGCAGAGGUGGAUAAUCCAUCGAUUCUCUUUUUCGAUGAAAUAGACUCCAUUCUAGGGAUGCGUAAAAAAGACGAAGAUGAUACGACCAUACGGAUUAAAAAUCAGUUGCUACAAAUGAUUGAUGGUAUAAACACCAAGAAGGAUGUCGUCAUUGUGAUUAUCGGUGCAACCAAUCGACCUGACAUGAUCGAUGAUGCUGCUCUCAGAAGAUUCAACAAGAGAGUCUAUAUCCCCCUGCCAGAUUUACAAGCAAGGAAAGAGCAAAUACGUUACAUCAUAACGAAGCAUACACACUCUGGGUUUCAAAUGACAGAAAAUGAGUUAGAUUCUAUUUCACACAAGCUGCAUAACUGGAAUGGAAGUGACAUCUACCACCUAUGCACCAAGUGUUACGAAUACGUUUAUGAUGAUGCAGUGGAGCAGUACAACGGAAUUGAGAAUAUCCCCAAUACAUCUAUCUUUAGGGCUAUUCGAUACGACGACUUCAUCAAGGCCAUGUCCCAGGUGAACACGUCCUACAAGUGCGUCUUCGACUACGACGAGUGGAGUCGGAAGCACGGCUCCCUCUGA